CGACAAAAUUUUGACUGUCACACGGCUUUGCGAUUCUUAGAUCGGCUCUCACGCUCCUUUCGACGACGUGCCCAUACCAGGACGCACCGCCUGUGCCGAUACAUCAACAUACAGCACCGACAAACAGAGCUGUCCACAAUACAGGCCCGAUCACCAUGGCACAAAUCACGCUCAACCCGCCGAAGGUCGACGCUGGCGGUAAGCGUGUGGCCGUCAUGACCUCCGGAGGUGACUCGCCAGGCAUGAGUCCAUUUGUCCGAGCUGUGGUCCGUCAACUACUCGCCGAAGGGUGCACGGCGUAUGCAGUCUAUGAAGGGUACCAAGGACUGGUCGAUGGAGGUGACAUGAUCAAAGAGAUGGCAUGGGAAGAUGUGCGAGGCUGGAGCUCAGAAGGUGGCACACUUAUCGGUACUGCUCGUUGCAAAGCAUUCAUGGAAAGAGCUGGGCGACUGGUCGCUGCGAAUAACAUGAUCGAGAAGGGCAUUGACGCUCUGAUUGUGUGUGGUGGAGAUGGCUCUCUGACUGGAGCGGACAAGUUUCGAGAGGAGUGGCCGAGUCUUUUGGACGAACUCGUAUCCACCGGAAAGCGCAAGGAAGAGGCUAUUGAACGACAUCGCCAUCUGAACAUCGUUGGAGCGGUGGGCUCAAUCGACAAUGAUCUCAGCGGAACGGAUGCCACGAUUGGAUGCUACAGCUCACUGCAGCGUAUAUGUCAGUCGAUCGACUAUAUCGACUCAACAGCCCUUUCUCACCAACGCGCAUUCGUCAUUGAGGUCAUGGGCAGACACUGCGGAUGGCUUGCCAUGGCCUCCGCUGUUAGCUGCGGCGCCGAUUUCGUGUUCACGCCGGAGAAUCCACCCUCAGAAAACUGGCAAGAGGAUAUGUGCAAGGUCAUUAAGAAGCAUCGUGAGAUGGGCAAACGAAAAACGAUUGUAAUUGUUGCUGAAGGUGCUCAUGAUCGCGAUCUCAACCACAUCUCGCCGGACAUGGUCAAAGACCUGCUGUCAGGGACAGUCGGUCUGGACACAAGAGUGACAACGCUCGGGCACGUCCAACGUGGUGGUCCGCCUUGCGCCUACGAUCGAAUGCUUGCUACUUUGCAGGGUGUGGAGGCUGUCAAGGCGGCGCUGGAAGCGACACCGGAGACACCCUCGCCUGUCAUUUGCAUUCUGGAGAACAAGAUUGUCCGCAAAGACUUGAUGGAGGCCAUCAGAUUAACAAAACAAGUUGCAGUAGAUAUCGGCAAGAAAGACUUCGCUGCGGCAAUGAAAGGAAGAGACGCAGAGUUCGAAGAGCUGUUGCAAGCUUUCCGAGUCACCACCGAGGCUGAGAAGGGCGUCUUGCGCAUUCCAGAGGAGAAGCGCAUGCGGAUUGGUAUCAUCCACGUCGGCGCUCCCGCAGGAGGCAUGAACGCAGCCACUCGUGCCGCAGUGGCAUAUUGUCUAAGCCGAGGGCACACCCCUGUCGCGCUACACAACGGAUUCCCUGGCCUGGUUCGCCAUCACGACGACAAGCCAUUGGGAUCUGUGCGAGAAGUAUCAUGGCUUGAUGCCGAGAACUGGGGUUCAAAAGGUGGUUCUGAGAUCGGCACAAAUCGAGAUCUUCCAUCUGAUGAGAGGUGCGGUCUCAAGAAUGUCGCCUUCUGUCUCGAGAAGUACAAGAUCGACGCCCUAUAUAUCCCCAUGGUCGUCCUCCCUGCCACAAUCUCCAACAACGUUCCUGGUACUGAGUUCUCCAUCGGCUCCGACACCUGUCUAAAUGCGCUCAUCGACUACUGCGACUCCAUCAAACAGUCUGCCUCCGCCUCCCGCCGCCGCGUCUUCGUCGUUGAAACGCAAGGCGGCGCAUCUGGCUACAUCGCUACGAUCGCUGGUCUAUGUAUCGGCGCCAUCGCAGUCUACACACCCGAAGAAGGCAUCCACCUCAAUAUGCUGGUCGAAGACAUCAAAUUCCUCAAGGAGCAAUUCGCCAAAGACAUCGGUCAUGCCAAGUCAGGGAAGAUCAUCCUCCGCAACGAAAAGGCCAGCAAAGUCUACUCCACCGAAUUCAUUGCCGAAGCAAUAAAGGAGGAAUCCGGAGGCAAAUUUGACUCCCGCUUUGCGGUUCCCGGCCACGUCCAGCAAGGCGGUACACCUAGUCCGAUGGACCGCGUCCGAGCCGUGCGUUUCGCCAUCAAGUCGCUGCAACAUCUGGAGAGCUUCGCGGGCAAGUCGAAGCAGGAGAUCGCUGACGAUCCGCUUUCGGUGACGGUCAUUGGCAUGAAGGGUGCGCGGGUUAAGGUGAGAGACAUGGAGAAGAUCGAGAGGGAGGAUACGGAUUGGAAGGACCGAAGACCGAAGGAUGAGUUCUGGAUGGCGCUGGUGGAUGUUGUGGAUACGUUGAGUGGGAGGCCGAAGUCGACAAGGUCGCCGAUACCAGGCGGGAGUCCGGCCAUGAAUGGGACGGCGAAAUGA